AUGUCGUCAACCACUAGUGGAAAAACUGCAGCAACAUUGUCUCCUCUUCUGUUGAGGAAGGGUAUAAAAGGAAUAGCUGGGGACGUAAAGUCCGUCAAACCUUUGGGAUCUGGCGAUCUCCUAAUCGAAGUUUUUCGCAAACAACAGGCGAUUAACCUACUGGGUACCACCAGUUUUGGAGGUAUCAGUGUUAUAGUGAAAGCACAUCCAUCACUAAACAGCAGCAAGGGGGUAAUCAGAUGCCCCGCCCUGCGUAAUGACGCUGAUGCCGCCAUACUGGAGUACUUCCAGGAGGAGGAGAUCCCAGUCUCUGAGGUGCGACGGAUUUUGUCCAAGAAGAACAACAAGUUGGUUCCAACAGACACAUUUGUACUGACCUUUGCUACCCCAUCACUACCUUCGGCCGUAGUGAUUGGUUACCAAAGGUGCAGUGUCUCCGUCUACAUCCCUAAUCCAUUAAGAUGCCGUAACUGCCAGAAGUACGGGCAUCAUGAAAAAAGAUAUAGGCGGAAAACCGUUUGCCAGUACUGUGGUCGUGAAGGUCAUGAGGACCAAAGCGACUGUGAUAUUGCCAACUUGCGUUGUGUUAAUUGUGAGGGAAAGCAUGCUGCUUCGUCUCGAGACUGUCCUGCCUGGAAUCGCGAGAGAGAGAUAUUGCGGGUCAAAUUUACCCGAAAUGUCUCCUUCCCCGAGGCUAGGAGGAUAGUGGAGAGCACGGACCAACCAAAAACAGCAAACAGUCAAAAGCAGCAUCACCAUCAAAAACAGCAUCUUCAUCAAAACCUGCACCACAACCAAAACCAGCACCACAAUCAAAACCAGCACCACCAUCAAAAACACCUUCCUCCUCAGGAGAAAACCCUCCAAAGGUACGCCCAUCUAGGGCACAUGUGCGUUCGCAGCGAUCUCGCUCACUCACAUCUGUUCCUCGAUCCCAACUGA